UUAUUAAGUGCUUAUGUUAAGUGUUAGCUUACAGUCUUGACUUACCCUAUUUAUAACAGAAAAGUGAUUCUCAUUUUUUUAGAACAUGGGGCAUGAGAUUUCAGCCGCUUAAAUGGGAGAAAUGAUGCUAUAAUGACAGUUCAAAAUCAGAGGUAUUCUCUUUUCUAUUUUUAAUCCUCUUAAUGACAUCAUUUAUUGUCUACUGGAAAUCCAUUUAGGAAAUCAUGUUAGUCCACUAAGCACUUCAGAUAAGGUGAUUUCAUGAAGCAUUCCAACAUUAUCACAAUGAAUUGCUUUCGUACACCAUAAAAGAAAAAGAAGUAAGCAGAAUAUGGCCUGCUGAAGGAGUUUACAGUUUUACAGCUCCUCCCACUUUAGCACAUAAGUCACUCAGUUACAGUUAACUUUGGAUUAUCCCUCACAGAUUGAAAGCCCAACAGCCAUCACACACUCUGGGCCUGUGGUGCCACUCGUAUGUGUGUAUCUAAAUCAAUGAUGAGGGUAUCGGAACCGAUACUGGACAUGGAGAUGGCAAAUUACAGUGAAGUUUUGGACCCAACUUACACAACUUUGGAGUUUGAAACUAUGCAGAUUCUGUAUAAUUCAAAUGAUAGUUCUGUCCCAGAGACAACAAGUAUGAAUACCACAGAUAAUGGUGUCAACUGUCUAUGUGCUAUAUGUGGGGACAGAGCGACAGGAAAGCACUAUGGCGCCUCCAGCUGUGACGGGUGCAAGGGCUUCUUCAGACGCAGCAUCCGCAAGAGUCACGUUUAUUCUUGCAGGUUCAGUCGGCAAUGUGUUGUUGACAAAGACAAAAGGAAUCAAUGUAGAUACUGUCGAUUAAGAAAGUGCUUUAGAGCAGGAAUGAAAAAAGAAGCUGUGCAAAACGAACGUGAUAGAAUAAGCACCAGAAGAAGCACAUUUGAUGGCAGCAACAUCCCCUCCAUUAACACACUGGCACAAGCAGAAGUUCGGUCUCGCCAGAUCUCAGUCUCAAGCCCUGGUGUGAGCACUGACAUAAAUAUUAAGAAAAUUGCCAGUAUUGGUGAUGUCUGUGAAUCCAUGAAACAGCAGCUCUUAGUCUUGGUGGAAUGGGCUAAAUAUAUUCCUGCCUUUUGUGAGUUACCACUGGAUGAUCAGGUGGCACUGUUGAGAGCUCACGCAGGGGAACAUUUACUGCUUGGAGCUACAAAGAGAUCCAUGGUGUAUAAAGAUAUUUUGCUUUUGGGAAACAAUUACAUUAUUCACCGCAACAGCUGUGAAGUUGAGAUUAGCCGUGUGGCCAACCGGGUUCUAGACGAGCUGGUCCGACCAUUUCAAGAAAUUCAGAUUGAUGACAAUGAAUAUGCUUGUUUGAAGGCAAUUGUAUUUUUUGAUCCAGAUGCAAAAGGGCUAAGUGAUCCAGUAAAGAUUAAGAACAUGCGGUUCCAAGUGCAGCUGAGUUUGGAGGACUACAUCAACGACAGGCAAUACGACUCCCGGGGCAGGUUUGGGGAGCUGCUUCUACUCCUGCCAACGCUGCAGAGCAUCACUUGGCAAAUGAUUGAGCAGAUACAAUUCGUUAAACUUUUUGGGAUGGUUAAAAUCGACAACUUACUUCAGGAGAUGUUACUGGGUGGUGCUUCCAGUGAGGCUAACCAUCUCCAUCAUCCAAUGCACCCACAUUUAUCUCAAGAUCCAUUAACUGGACAAACUAUACUUUUGGGUCCAAUGUCAGCACUGGUUCAUACAGACCAGAUCUCAACUCCAGAAACCCCACUUCCUUCCCCACCUCAAGGCUCUGGACAAGAACCGUACAAAAUAGCUGCAAAUCAAGCUUCAGUCAUCUCACACCAGCCUCUCUCCAAACAGAAGCAAUUGUGAGAAUAUGUUUACUUCUGAACGGCACUGCAUAAAUGUGAAAAGUUGUUGGUCUUGAAAUAUCUCAGGAUAGCACUUUUGGCAAACUCUUAGCCAAGGCUUCUUCAUGGUGCUGUUAUAAGAUGGUAUCCUGUUUUCUUGUUUAUAUGCUCAUUUUGUUUGUUGUUGCUAUUGUUUAAAACCUUUAGAUGCAACCAAUGUAUAUCUGAGCUUCAAUAUGUUUAUAUAGUAUAAACUUGUACUGUGCAUGAACCAGUUGAAUCUUAUGUACUACCUUCAUUUGUUGUCUUAUUAAUUUAAAUCUGUAAAUAAUUGCUUAUGGUGAUGUGAUGCAGAGGUAAGUAUUCUUUUUUGACUGUGAACAGUAGAUCAGAAAUCCCAGAUUAAUAUUAAAUGAACCAAGUUUUUAAAUAAAUUUUAAACUUGCAAAUUCAAAAAAUAAAGCAGUCAGUGUAGAAUAGGGUAUAUUUCUUUGAAGAAAAAUCACUUAUGGGUAUCCCGUGGCUAAGAAGUAUCUUUUUGGCCCACAGUUAAAUAUGCCUAUAUAAAGUUUAGAAAAUUAUAAAUAGGCAUUCCAUAGAUGACUGGGUAUUCCUUGAAAUCUGCCUAUAUUUGAAGAUGUAUGUUAAAAUAAAACAUGUUAGUUUUAUCAGUUAGGAUACAGGUUAAACUGUAAAAAAGAAACUCUUAAAAGAGUGGCUCAACCAAGACAGACAUUUAUUUCCCUCUCCUAAAACAAUCUAGAAGCAGACAUCCAUUGACUAGAACUUAGCCCAUGCCCCCAUCUUGUUCUCGGGGAGGCUGGGAGUGUUAGGUAGAAAGCCUUGUGCCAACAAAAACUGUACAUCACUGGGCUUCUGCUAUCGGGUGACAAAGUAGCCAUCUAACACACACGUGUUGCUUCAUUUAAUCCUCAGAGCAACCCUGUAAGAGAGGUAUAAUUAUCUUUCUCUUGUAAAGGGAAGAAACCUUUAGCUUAGAGGGUUUCAAUAAUGUAACCAAAGUUCAUUAACCUAAAAAGUAGGAGAGCCAUAUUCAAGUCCAGGUCUGGUUUAAGGAGAUUAAAUCUUUGGUAUAGAAUGAAAAUGUGAGCUUCUUACUGUGGUUUUUAAAUAUAUGCAAUUGAGUGAUGAUUGAAUAUUAUCCAUUGUGUUACCUGUUAACACAUAUUUACAUGUAAAUGAGUGUAAAUUUGUUGCAACAUGAAUAAGAAACCACUUUUGUACUUUUAACGAAUCUUCCUCCUAAAAACAAAUCAAAAAAAAAACAAAAACAAACUUUUGAA